AUGGGAGGGCUUGCAGACACACCCUCUGCAGCCCCGCGCGAGCAGGGCUGGCGAGGAGGAUGGAAGAGCGCCGCUGCACCUCACUGCAGUUCCAGCGUGGGAGCUCGCAAGCAAAGCGCCCCGUACCAAGCCAAGGCUGCCGGGGAAGAUCGGGCCGCGGCCGCGCACAGGGACCCCCGACGAGGGAAGCCCGGAUCCGGUGGCCCCGAGUCGAGGCCGCCCCGCCCCGCACGAGUCCCGGGACAGCGCGCGCCCGGAGGCGCCGCAGCGACCUCAGGGGCCGCCGAGGACGCGAGCCUUCCGUCCGCCCCGCUCCCGGAGCCCGGCCUCGCCCUCCGCAGCCCCAACGGCCGCCUCGCUCGCCGGUCCGCCGCUCACCUCCCGGACCACCGCCGCCGCCGCCGCCGCCGUCGCCACCGCAGCUACCACCGGAUCUCGCGAGACUUCGCUCCGCCCCGCGCUUACCCUCCUCCCGCCCGAACGCGGCGGGCGCGGAGCCCGUCCUGGAAGCUCCAGGUAGCGCCGUGCCGACACCGGGAGGUUUACACCCUGCUUCUCUUCUCCCACCCGGCAUCCGCCCGCGCCCCUGACCCGGAAAAGUCUUCUCUCACCCGGACACCGCCGCGCUCACACCUGGCUGGCUCGGAGCGCAUGCGCACUGGGCUGCGGAGCUGGGAGUUCCUUGGUUGCUGCACAAGCUCUGGCUGCGCCCAGUCAGACGGUCAGUCAGCACCUGCUACCCUAGCAAGCGCACAGCUCAUGCUGCCUCACUAAGUGCAUUCUUGCCGCCUCCCCAUUCCAGAAGGAGGUUGCAGCGGAUGAGCAGACAGGCCCGUGGAGUCGCUGCGUCUCUGAUGCCACACCCGCACCUGUAGGAACCCCUCUUGAGUCCUGCCUCACUCCCCAUCCCUCUAUAGUUCUCCAGAGUGGAAGAAAUGAUCCUGGCAGGUGGUCUGUUAGGGUUAGGGUUAGGGUUAGGCUUUUCACACUUUCACCAACUCUAUAGAGCCCUACGAGCAAAAUAAUGUUCGAAAACAGUGGGAGAACCCAGGAUAGAAUGGAUCAUGGACAUAGAACGAGAGCAUACCUGAAGUUAGGUCAGCAGUUCUCAACCACAGGGGUCACAUAUCAGAUCCUGUGUGUCAUUUACAUUGAUUCAUAACAGCAAGAUAAUUUUAUGGUUGGGAGAUCACCACAAGACAAACUGUAGUAAAGGGUCCCAGCAUUAGGAGGACUGAGGAGCACUGCACUACUGUGUGACUUCUUCCCAAGGAAGAGAGGCUGGCAUAGUGAGAUGCAUCAAAGUGGGUACCCAUAACCUCGUGUCUUAGAGUUUACUGCUGUAAACAGACACCAUGACCAAGGCAACUCUUAUAAGGACAACAUUUAAUUAGGACUGGCUUACAGGUUCAGAGUUCAGUCCAUUUUCAUCAAGGCAGGAACAUGGCAACAUCCAGGCAGGCAUGGUGCAGGAGGAGCUGAGAGUUCUACAUCUUCAUCUGAAGGCUGCUAGGAGAAGGAUGGCUUCCUCCCAGGUCACACCUCCUUAUACUGCUACACCCUGUGGGCCUAUGGGGGCCAUUUUUAUUCAAUCUUGCUUUAUAUAUUCCUGUAAGCUGGCCCCUCUGUGACAGCUUCUGCAGAAUCAAGAGCCUGGAAUGUUCUAGCUCAUCCCUGCAAACUGCACUGAGGCCUGUUAAGCCUCACUGGACAAGAUCCUGAUGAUCUUGUAGUGUCAACAAAUGUGGGCCCACACCAACCUUCCUUACCUGUGUUGCCUGGAAACCACUUCUCUUAAUAGAAACCGAACAUGACAAAAAGGGGGGUGGAUGAAGAAAGGAGAUCCCAUCCAACUGGUAGCUACCAGUUCAAGCACAGUUCAUUUGUUAGCUUAGGCAGUCUUCCCAGAGACUUCUAUAGGUAGGUUCUCCAGGGAAAGAACCAAUAGAUGCAUGAGAGGAUUGAUUUAUCAUGGAGGCUAAGACCCACAAUGCUGCCAGCAAGACUAGCAACCGUAGAAGUCUGUGACAUAAGUCAGUCCAAGUCCAAAGGCCUGAGAACCAUAAUUGCUGAUGAUGUAGCUCUCAGUUUUGGGCUGAAGGCCCAAGAAAAUGCCAGGAGUUGGGAGGGAACUGGCCUAAGUCUCAGAGUCUGAGAAUCAGAGUAUUUGAAGUUCUCCUGGUGAAGAACAGAAGACCAGUGUCUCUGGCUCUAGAGGACGACACCAGUUUGUCUUCAGCUCUUAAGGCUUGUUCAGCCCACUGAAGCAAGUCUUUUCCAGGCCUGCCUCACAUUUUCACACACCUCAGUGGAAGUAGGUGGUGUUUCUUUUUCACAGAUGAAUACAGCAGGAAUCUAGAAAAUGAGUGAACUUGCCUAAUGACACACAAUUGGUAAAUGGCAGUUAAGAAUCUCAUUCUAGGUCACUGACUCCAAACCUACAAAACUGUGCUUUGGUGACCUACAAAUUCUUUCCUAUUCCAUUGUACAUGCCUAUUGUAUGUAAAGGCAUGUACUGCUAAUACUAGCCACCCUAUCUCUGGGAUCCACAUGGUGGAAGGAGAGAACUGACCCUUACAAGUUGUCUCUGACCUCCUACCCUACAAAUUUCCUGAGAUCAAGAUUUCAACAUAAAGUUUUCCAUGUUUCUCUCUGGGACCAUACCAUCAGUGGUCUCAUAGAAAAUAAGGGCAUAAAUAGAUUUUGUAGGAUGAACUAAGUUAAUAUUCAUGGUGUAUAUGUAAAAGUACAUUACACAGACUGGGACACUCUUACAUGGGAAAGAACUUUGUCAUUCCUGUCUCAUUCCUCUUUUUCCAAUAUAAACUCCAAAUCAGUUUGGAGGAUCUGCUCGGAUGUGCAACUACAAGUACUUUCUAGCACAAUGGGGAAAAACACAAAACUAUACUGGUCUUACCUAGGCCAUACUGUCCUUGAAUCCACUACAGAGUUAGAAGAACUUGAAGAUCCUCUGCCUCUACCUCCUGAGUGCUGGGAUUAUGGUCUGUUACAGAACUGACCCUCAGAAGAAGGAACAGCAUCCACAAGGACAUCAUUGUUUGACUACUAACAUGGGAAAUGAUGACUACAUAUGUAUCUUCUUAAAGGGCAAGGUAUAUUAUAUAGUAUGUGAUAUCAUUAAGGAUGUAAGGUAUCAAAAUGUCUUUUGAUACAUGAGGGAUUUUAUAAAUGCCAGUAAUAGGGUUUGGUUAAUGCCCCGAUAAAAACACUUUAAGCACUAACUGGCAAGUAUCGUGUUACUAGCUGUGAGCAAGACCAUCAUUUCAUGUUUUAGAGUAAUGGACGGAGGAGUCAAUAAGAACAAAUGAGCUCCCUAAGAGGGAGUUG